AAAUAGCUAGUCUAGUGUGUCGUCUCUGAUAUGGUAUAUACCUAACUAUAGAUACCAUAGAUUCAAACAUGACUCCUCUUUCUUAUAAUAUAUUAUAAUAUCUUGUAUAUUUAUAGGGUUACACUUUUGAUUCCAUAUGUUUGUUUUAUAACAAUAUGUUGUGAUAAUUUGUGUUGUGUUGAACCAACCAGGUGAUAAACGAGCAGGUGGUAGACUGGUAACAUGUUUCACGAACAGAAGAAAAUGGUGCCACCUGAUGGAGGAUGGGGGUGGAUUGUCGUUAUCGGCGUUAGUAUCGUUAACCUGUGCACCCGAUCCAUCGAGCAGUCCUUCGGCCUGCUGUUCGGCGACCUCCUGCAAGAGCUGGGCGUCGAGACGACGGGCGCCGCUGUCAUCAUGAGCACCCUCGACGCGCUCAUCAACUUCUCCGGGCUGCUGGUGGGGCCGCUCAUCCGGGCCUUCACAUUCCGCAAGGUGUCGCUCGUCGGGACGGCGUUGUGCAGUUUGGGGCUGGUGCUCACUUUUCCGGCCAAGAGUAUGGGACACAUACUCGUCACUUACAGUAUUAUCAAUGGACUGGGCGUAGGCCUAGCGGCCUCCUCCACCUUCGUGGCUCUCAGCAACUAUUUCGUCAAACGUCGCGGCCAAGCGGUGGGCUUCUCGCUCGCAGGAACAGCUCUCGGCAUGAUGCUGAUGCCGCAGGCCAUCAGGUACCUGUUGGAGUGGUACAGCUUCCGGGGGGCAAUCCUCGUGUUGGGCGCCUUCGCGAUGAACGGCAUCGCGGGGUCCAGCGUGCUGCAGCCAGCCGAGUGGCACUUCGUACCAGAGGAUACUUGCAAGGAAGAAGGGGGAUACCAUCAGGAAAUGGAAACCAUAAAAGAGACUGAGGACGAAGACAUUGAUUUGCCCGAAGGCCAAACCUUACUCAGUAAAGUAAAUUCGGAAGCGAUUAUAAAAAAUUUGGAAGAUCCGAGCAAAGCAGGUGGUCUCACCAGAAAAUCUACUUUCCCUAGAAACUUUUCAACUGUUAGCUUCGCCGGAGGACAAAGGAAACGGAAAGUCUCCAACUCGGAAUCGCUGGUGUCGAGCUAUUCCAGGUUGGAUUUUACCGGAUCCAGUAUUCAACUACAAUUCGAUGCGAAAGAUCCAGAAGAACCUCUACAAUUCGCCACGUCAAAACAAUUGCGCCGCAACAUGAGCUACCCCGGCGUCAUAAUCUCCCCUCAAACCAAAACCGCCCCUCUCUCCCCACCGGAAAAACCGGGUGACCCGAAGAAAAGCCUGUGGCAAAAAAUCGUCGUCUUCAUGGACUUGGACCUGCUGCGGUGUCCGAUCUACCUCAACCUGGUGUUGGGGCUGUCUCUCGUGUACGUCGCCGAGCAGAACUUCAAGACGGUGUUGCCGUUCUUCUUCCAGAGCAUCGGUUAUGACAAGAAGGAUGUGGCGCUGUUUCUCUCCGUCCAGGCCUUCACAGAUAUUCUGGCGAGGCUGAUUUUGCCGCCCAUUUUCGACAAGAUGGCUAUUUCGAAGAGGUCUUUGUUUAUGAUCGGGAUUUUCAGUUUGGGAGUGUGUCGAUCAGUCCUAGCUGAACAAACAGAUUGGACGAUGAUAGUAAUUUGGCUUUUCGUGUGUGGUUUCGCGAGGGGGUUGACUUUGAUCAACUAUACGAUAACCAUCGCCGAAUAUUCCUCGAACUAUUCCACUAUGGAGAAGCUGCCGGCCGCUUUCGGACUGCAUAUGGUCGGAAAAGGGAUGUUCGUUGUGGUUAUUGGGCCAUUAUUAGGUGUUAUUCGUGAUCACACAAAGAGCUUUCCAGUGUGCAUUCAUUCCCAAACGUUCCUUAUCAUGUUGGGCUGUGUUGCCUGGUGUAUAGAGUACCUGACUAUGUAUUUAAGAAAGAAGAAGAGUAGUCAAUCUGACACGAAUACUACUAACACAUGACAAACGGACGAUGACUUAUUAUCAAUUGAAAUGAAUCCAAAGUAUUAGCGAAAAAAUAAGAUAAUGUAUACUAAACUGGUCAAAAUUCGGAGCGUAAAGUCUAAUUUUCGAUGAAAUUCCCAUUCGAUUACCAUUUCUUCUUGAGUUCCUGAGCGCUCGCUUCAUUUGUUAAUGAAUCUGGUUGCGUUAUUCGUUUCAGCUCAUAAGAAUGAGAUAGUGAACUAUCUCAACAUUUUCCAAAAGUUUGGGGCAGAAAUUUAUUGUAUUCUCAAUUUUGAAUAGAUUAACGAAGUUACUUUUAUCACAAACAAGACACAUUUUGAGGAAUUCAGAUUUUGGAUAUAUUGAAAUUGUAAAUGUUUUUUUCUGGGAUGAUAGGGUAAAUUUUUGGAAUUAUUGAAAAUUCCUUUGCUUUCAUAACAUUAUAAGUUUGUUGAUUUAUUCUAAAUUUUAUGAUAAUCCUGUUCUGAAGGUCAGUCAUUCCUAUCACGCUGCAGAAAGUUUGCGAAUUCCACUGCAUCGAAAGAAUAUACCCACAAAUCAUGCAUUUUUUUAGAAAAAAAAAUCAUCUUUCAGCUAGCCCUUACAUUCCCGAAAAUAAUUCGGAAAGUACAGCCAGAAUUUUUCUAGCAGGUGUGACUAAGAGUAACCUCAGAAACUUCCUGAAUUUUUUUCGAAUUUUUUCAGGAUGAUGUAAUAUUAUGUUCAGGACCCUCACAAUCGUGUUAUUUGGGAGUGAAAUGGGGUUUCAACUCAGAAUGAAAAAAACGCUAAUCAUGGAGAAAUAUGCAUUAAUUGUUUAUGGUUUGUUAUGAAAAGUGAAGAAACAAUUACUUUCAUUGUUCGAGCACAGGCAUAGGCGUACAUUGCAUUUUAAACAUCUCGUCCUUGAACGGCUACCGCAACAUUCCAGUCACCAAGUCCGUGGCGAUUUCAGAGAAUCAAUGACAGGCCAGUGGUCAAUUUCAUCAUAUUGUUUGUCAUUUGUUGAAAUAGAAGCUUCUCUAUUUGCAAGAAGAACGUUUGGUUUAUUGGCAUUUUCAUCCAUCCACUCAACAAAUAUUCCUCCGGCACUUCUUCCUGUUCAUGUGCAUUCAACUCUCACUGGUCAUCUUUAUCGGGAUCGAUUUCCAGAUCUGAUCCUAUCUGAUCCAGCAAAUCGUGAAUUUCUUCUUGAUCUUUUUGCAAUUCAAAAUUAUCAUUGAUCCGUAGCGGUACGCUUCCGGAGCACACAAAUGUGAUGGUACACAAAUAUGUUCUGAAAUCUGAUCCCGAAAAAAAUUUUGGAAACAGACACUGUGAACCACCAUGUUGAAUCAUGUUUUCAUUUGCCAUUCAAUGCAUAAAAUCAUAUAUAGUUGAUGUUUUUGAUUCACUCACCUUCAGGAAACAUUUUUCAGUCGAGACCAAUUGAUGAUUGACAAUGAUUUAUUUUUUUACGCCACCUGAAGAUAAAAUAAGCAGCAAAUGCGGUUUGUUCCGUGCAAAUAAAACACUCACAAGCAAAGUAGCUGGUUCGCAAUCCAGCAAAAUGAUAUUUUGAUCCUUAUAAAUCACUUAGAUAAUGCCCGUAUAAUGGGCUUAUAUCACAAAAUAUUUUUAUUUCAUAAUUCGAUAGAACUCACCCAAACUAGUUCACCACCGCAAACCGUUUCUUCCUGUGAGCUCCCUACGUUUUAUAAAAAAUUAUUGAAAUCCCCGAUUUUUCGGACCUCUGAAAACGAGGCGAUGAUGUGACGUCAAAGCCCUAAUACUGAAACAAGACUAUUCCCGACAGAGAUGAAUGAUACAUGAUUUCUGACAGAGUGAAUUAGCGCGAGAUCACAGUUGAAAGAAUUAAUAUAUCAGUUGCCUCAGUCUCCGUCGGGCGCAAGGGCGUCGCCAUAGCGGAAAAAAUAGGUGAAGGGACCAUAAAAAAACUGAAGAGAAAAAUCAAAUAGAAAGAGUUUAAUGAGAAAAUCAAAAAACAGAAAAAAUCUAUACAGUAAAUCAGUUGAAAAAUAAUCUUCUAGGGUUCUUUGGGAAUCCGUUGGUCACUUUUUGACGAAAUCGUUCAAGUUUUUGAAAAUAUGUUGCCUGUGUAUACUCAUCAUUGCGAGGCCAUUUUGAGUCGAGCAUCAUACAUGGUGCUCCUCUACCAGGUUUUGAUUCUCCUAAGGCUACUAAAUGACCUUUCAACUGUACAAAUCUUACAAGGUAAAGGCAACAAGGAUCUUCAGAGCCUUCUCAACUUCAGGAGAAAAAUAUACUUUCGGAAGUUCUUUGCUCAAAGUGAGCGUUAUCAUAAGUAAUAUAACGAUAUUCUUAAUAUUCGAGAUAAUUCUGUCGCCUCAUUGUUCACGAAAUUGUGUUGCUGAGCAACACCACUAGUCAGGACGAAAGGUAGAGCUGUACGGCAACACAAUAGAUUUGACAAGGAAAUGAAGAAUUAUGAGAAUAUAUUCAGAACAGAGUGGAGACUAUUUCACGUUCACGAAGCAAAGAAGCAUUUAUUUUGAAUGAAUGAUUCAUUCUGACAAGUACAGUCAUUAUUUUUUGCCAAAUUGACAGACUUCGCUUCAUCUAUUUUUCGCGAUAAGCACACGUUUUCUCUGGCUUGUGAUUGGUCAGAUUAUGUGAUGAAUGAAAUGGUCGUUUCAAUGAUAGCAGGGUGACUGGUGAGCGUUAAACGUAGGGGGGGGGGGGGCAGCUGCCCUUGGUCGGGCGUUUGGUAUUUUCUUUCAACUAUGGCGAGAUGAGGUUUCUACGUCAUAAGAGGGUCCGUUUUCAGAAGGUACUAUUAUUUAUAUGUCCAAAAAUAAAACAUUCCAGUUCAUUUUUCGAUCGAAUUAUGCUGUCAAUCAUUAUUUAUGUAUCAAAGGAUCUUUAUAAACAUGGUUUGAGUUAAAAGUUCUACUUAGGUGUACACGCCCAUUGUGAGGGUACGGAUCGUAAGGGCUAGGAGGAUGACAAACCAUGAAAUUUCGAAACGAUGUUGAGUAAACACAUUGUGUAGCACGUUUUUGACCCCAGAGAAAAUUACAAGAAAAUUCCGUCCCAACGGGAGCUCUUUCGAAAUUGAUCCAAGUUUUAUAGCAGAUUUUCGAUUUUACGUUUGGAUUGUUGACCAGUUCAGUGUGAUCUUGGAAUAUAAGAAAUAAUGUGAAAUUAUGUGUAAAUUUUGAUGGUGUAAUUUUGCCAUUCGUAAAGUGACUUAUGUGCUAAAUAAUAGUUUUUUACUUAACAAGUACGGAAAGAAGUACUUUUUCGCACGCGACGGCAGUUGCACGAACGACCCAGAGCGGAGUUCGGGCAAGCCGGUAAAGACAUUUCUCGCAAGAGUUAGGUACAAUGUUUUUCCUACGAGUGUUUUUGUCCAUAUUAUUUAUGAAUAAAAAAGGUUUUUAAUAAACAGGGUUUUAUAAUGAUGCUAGAAAAUGACACAUGAAACAGAAUAAGAUGAAGUAGAUUAUAUGUAAUAAUGGGGCGAAUGUGAUAGUGGGUAUGAAUAUCGCUAUUUGAAUAAAUUUUCUUGCGCCAAAAUAUGCUAGUCAAGUUGAGUACAGAUAUUCGCAGAGUGCGUUUCACUCUCAGACAUUUAUUGUUCUACAUUUACCCCGUUCGUGGACUAAUAUAUUAUUUUUCCAAGAAGUUGGAACAGAUCUAAUUUUUAUUAACUCAGUACUUCAUAGUGAUUUGGGAAAAUACAUGGUAAAAGUUAUUUUAUUGAAAACUACAUAUUAACCCCAGAAUAUUGCUAUAUAGGCUGUUGGCCCGCGACACAGGGUUUAUCGAUGUUCUAAGUCGGUAUGCCAUUUAAGGGGCCCACUCACUUAGUCCAAGUUAACAGGAAGGAGUGCCUCGGAGAGUCGCAACCCAGUCCUUGCCCAGGCCCUGACCUCACCUUUCGGUUGGAAAAAAGUUCAACAUUUUGUUUAAGAAGAAGCUCGGCAAUGAAGUGCAAUGAUCUUAUCUCACGAAAAUUGGGGCGCUUGCCGGUUUGCAUACGCCUAGGUCACUCCCCAAGGGCGGCAUACGAACCGGAAGUGACAAUUUUUCAGUGUUAUAGUCGAUGAUUGAAGAUUGUAUGCCCUUUGGCAAAACAAUGAAUUCUGAUCCAUUAAUCAGUUUCCCGACAUUUGCAUACGAUUCCGGAGAGGGGAGCUCGACUUAUUCGAACAGCAAAUGAUAUUCCAGUAAAUAUGUGGAGAUUUGAAAAUAUUUGCGAGGCAAAAAUAGUAAAGGAGAUUGAUGAAUCAACUCCAGAUAAUAAUUAUAAAAGAAGUAAUUAGUAAUACAAUGUACGCUCUCGUGAUUUUU